AUGCCUCUCGUCGUCCCAGGAAUCACAAACAAGGGUGAUGGUGCCUCCAAGACCGAGGAUUGGACCAACAAGCUAGUUGGCAAGAAGCUUGGAUCUUCAUCUGAUGCUACAACAUUCGCAAGAGCCGACCUUCCAAAAGAGACGCGCGUUAUCGAGCCAGGAUCUAUGGUCACAAAAGACUUCAACCCAGAGCGAUUGAACGUUCAUUUGAACAAAGAUGGCACUGUUUCCCAUGUCAAUCACCAAUAG